AUGGACAGAAUUCCAACAGCUGCUUCAACUCUGUUGGAUCCCAAGCACCAUGACCUACUCAGUACUAGUGCUGGUGGAUCUGCUCUUGGAUCAUCAAGACCUUCAUGCCGACCAUGGAAAGAGGGAUCUCUAGCGUUGGUUGCAAGCUCAUUGGCUUGUGCUCAAGAGGUUGGAAAUAUAGAUGUUGAUAAAAUGCAUCGAAACAUGUGGGCAUGCCUGCAUUUUACUUCCUCCCAUCUCUGGCUGCUUCUGAAGCUGAGGAUGCGGUGUAGCCUUUCUAAGCAGCUGGAUGUUGCACAAAGUUGCUUGUCCUUGAGAGGAAACAGCUGUCAAGAAAGCUUGGUCCAAUUCCCUCCAACACCUCAGUCUCUAAUUGCAGGAUACAGGGAUAGAUGUGAUGGACUUUUGCAGUUUCAGUCCCUUCCUGUCAUAGCUGCAUCCGCAAUGGAACAUAUGCGAGUGUCCUCGGUCCACAGGUUGAUCGCCUUCUGUCUCAGUUGCAGAAUUUUAUGACAGAGUUGAAUCCAGAUCAGAGAGGCAAUGUUUCAAUGUUCUUACUCUUACCUUUUGCAGUCACAAAAGCUGAUAAGCUUGUGAUGGGAACCAAGAUGCGCUCUAAAUGUUCAAGACUGUGAAGAACAUUCUGCUCAAUCAGCUAGAAAUGGAUGUCGAUCCUGACCAAGCAAAAAUGCUCUUGCUGCUUCAGCCAAGGACUCUGGAAAAAAUAAGUGUUAGUCAUGGAGCUAGAUCUGAAUUCAGGUCACCUUUGUAGAUUGUAGCUUAUGUGGUGCUGCUGUCAGGAUAUUGGAUUUUUAACGUGUUCCUCGACUGCUCGUGUGCUCCAACAACAUUGACAUCCCUGAUACAAGCAAAAAAAUGGGAUUGACACGUGGUAGUGCUGCCAGUGGAAUUAGUGGUUGGCCUGAUGAUCCAGAGAAAGAACAGACUGAAGACCGUGAUGAAGUAGGAACAACUGAUGAAGAAAAUGAUGCAAAAACUGAUGUUGAUUUGAAUCUUACAAUGGCUGGGGGCUUUCAUUUAAAGUUGGACAUGGGAAGGAUCUUAUAUGGGCAACCAUCAGGUAGUGAGGUUGGUGAUCGAGCAGCUUCUUACGAAUCACGGGGUCCUAGUUCUCGCAAGCGAAGUGGAAAAGGUGCCAGUUCAGUUGACAGGCCACAGUUACGGGUGCAGCAGGCUGAUAGUGUCGAAGGAACUGUCAUUGAUCGUGAUGGUGACGAAGUCACUGAUGGCAGACAAUAUUCUGCUGGGCCUUCAAAACGUGCUCGUGAUUCAGAUAUUUUUGAUACUACGCUCCCUUAUCCAAGAGACUCAUCUGAUGCAGGUCCUAGCCAUUCGAUGGUUUGAAACUAUGCAGAUGGCAGUCGUCCUGUAGGCAAGGAACGGCCAUUUAUUGGAAUACCUUCAACUAGAGACUCAACACGUGCAUCCUCUGUCAUUGCUAUGGAUACUAUGUGCCACAGUGCAGAUGAUGACUCAAUGGAAAGUGUUGAGAAUUAUCGUGGGGAUGUCGAUGAUAUCCAUUUUCCCUCUUCAAGUACAUAUGGCCACCUUGACAUGAAUGACACAUCAGAGUUGAAUUAUAGUAAUCAAGCUCAGCAGAGUAUUUGUUUCCAACCAGCUGCUGAAGCAGUUCCGGGAGAAAUGGGCAUCAGCAGUACAAAUGAUGGUGAGGAAAUAUUCAAUGCUGAAACUGUGACAGCUCAGGCAAGGGAUGGGCUCAGUUUUGGAAUUAGUGGGGGGAGUGUUGGUAUGUGUGCCAGCCAUGAAGCUGAAAUCCAUGGGGCAGAUGUCUCUGUGCAUAGAACAGAUAGUGUAGUUGGUGAUGUAGAACCCAGAAUAGAAGAUGCUGAAAAUCAGGGUCAAACAGGUGAAUCUGCUCCAGAUCCUGGGUUGAUGGAUGAGGUUGUUCCUGAUGAGAUAAAUAGGGAGGAUCCUCAUGGUGACAGCCAAGAAAUGCUGUCUCGCUCUCUCGGAAGGGCUGACAGUGGUUCAAAAGUUGAUGGUUCUGCCAAGGCAGAGUCUGUUGAAAGUGGUGAAAAGAUAAGCCAAAGCCGCAAGUUAGUCCCAGAUAGCAGUGCUCAUCCUUCUCUUUCCUGCAAUGCUAAUCUGUACUCUGGUAAUGAAACACCCAAGAAAGAGGUCACAAAUGCUGGAAAAUCAUCUUCCAUAAACAAUUGUCCUUACCCAGACCCAGAGUCAGAUUAUGCUGUUGCGCAUGGGAUAGGGCCACCAAAAGGAGAAAGCAAUUAUGAAGAAGCUAUAGAGUUUGAUCCAAUUAUUCAUCACAACCAGUUUUGCCCCUGGGUGAAUGGAAAUGUUGCUGCUGCUGGCUGUAGUAACUCGGGCUCCAGCACCAGUGCUGAUGUUGUUGCACUUUGUGGAUGGCAGCUGACCUUGGAUGCCUUGGAUGCCCUGCGAUCGCUGGGUCAUAUUCCUGUGCAGACAGUACAGUCUGAGUCAGCUGCAUCAUUGCAUAAGGAUGAUCGCCAAACUCCUGGUAAAAAGCUUCUUCGACGGCACUCUAUGAACAAAAGUCAUGGGCAACAUUGACAGUCAAACAUGAAGCAUAAAUACACCUGCAAUGCUAGUAAGUAUGUCACUUGUGUAAAAUGAUUGAUUGUAGCUCCCUCUAUUUAGGCAUCUUUCUUCUUGUAAUCCUUGUUUUAAGUGGAUUUGGAUUGUCUUAUUGGAACAAGUUUUCGAGAGAUCCUUUUAGGUAUGGAACAAAUUUUAGUUUGGGUGUAGUUUCGGGAAAACUAGAAUAAAUUUUUACUGCAAAGGGGCAUUGGUUAUGUGUUUGCUAGCUUUUUAUGCAAUUAAAUUGUUGGUUAACAGAGCUGUUACGACCAUUUCCUUUUGGCUGGAAAUAAAUUUCUUUACAUAUUAUUGAUUGUUUUAAAGGAGGAUCUUACUAUCAAUCUGAUUAUACCUCAAUGCUCUUAUGAGAAUUGGGAUGUAAUUUGAAAGGCUAGAUGUAGUGAAAAACUUUUGAUUGUCUAAAUAACAACAAAAGGAAAUAGGUAAUUUGGAGCUCAAGUUUUGAAACAAAUGCAGAAUUUAGGUUAUUAAUGCCUAUGAUUACAGAACAAGUUCAUUAAUCAUGGCCAAACCCAACAAAGUUCUAGAAAAAAUGAAAAGAUGGAGAUAUAUACUAGCAUUAGGCAUUUAAUCUCCUGAAGUUAAAUGUAGCGACAAAGGCAACCUUCUUUUGAACUCCAACCAAAAAAAUGGAAAGAGAUGUGCAUUAGCACUAUGAGUUUAAUUGGCAUCGCAAAGUUAAAUACUCGCUAUUGUUAACAGCACAUGUAACUUGCUCUAAAUCCCAAACAUAAUUGAUUUACUGUUCUAAUAUUUUAAGUGAUAUAUGCCAACAUAGUCAUGAUUUUAUAAUUUGAAGAAAGCAUGGUGAUAUAAGUUAUAACAGACAUUUGGGCUUCGGUCUAUAAAACAAGCAGUAAAACAAGUAGUCUAGACGUUCAAAUCUUAUACUGCAAAUAUCAUUGUCUCCUUGACAGAAAAUGCUCUUCUGUAGCUUAGGCUUACUUUAAGCAUGCAGCCAUUUAAUCAUGACUACCCUCUAGCCUUCAUGUAUGUCAAUGUC